AUGAAGGAUAAAAACCCGACGCGCCUGACCAUUCUUCCCUUGUACACGAACGUGACUCCCUCUAUGCGAACGUCAAAUCCACGGCUCCUCAAGCUCCACAAAUGUGACCUCUCCAUCGCGAAUGCUAAGUGCAAAGUUCACCUACCACCAAAUACUCUCCGCGAUCGCUACCCUCCUUCCAUGAUCGUGAUGGACACCAAAUACUUGAAGACAGCUGAUGCAAAACAAGGAGAAAUGGUUUUCAUGUUGAUAGGAAAAGCACUCUGUAGAACCUCACCUUUUAGGUUCUUGUAUUGUGUGUUAGGGAACAACGAAGUAGAACUCAGUGGCCCUAUCUACAGCAGAAGCAGAUUAUGUGGCAGCAUCAUCAUGUUGUGCACAAUUUCUAUGGAUAAGGCAGCAGCUCAGGGACUAUGCCAGAAUCCCUCAAAAAUUAAAUCAUCCUCAAAUCCUGGCUCUAAAUCCAAAGCUGAGAAGGCUAAGCCAAAGAAGAGUCCCCCAUCCUCUGAUAUCACUGCACCACCACCCAUUGUCACUCUUCCACCCCCAUCCUCUGUUACCUCUGCACCUCCAUCUCCAAAAAAAAACCACCCAAGCCACUAUGACUACACCACAGAUCACCUCCAAACCUACAAAUGUCAAGGCCACUUCAAGGAAGUUAGCAAAAAAAAAAAAGGAAAAUCAGUUGACAAUGUUGUUGCAAAGGGAGAACCAGAAAUUAAGGUUCUCAUUGCUCAGGGGGAACCUGCAAUUGACAAGGCUGCUCUAGUAAAAUCUUCUCCGUCAAAACUUGAUGUUUUGGCAUCUGCUAUAGAUGUGUCCCUUCUAGAUAUAGUUGAACCCCUGAGAUAUACAACACAUGUAGAAACAUCUGUGGUAAAAAAAAUGACCGUAGCAGAACCUGUGAAUGUAGAAGUAGUUGCUAGAACAGUUUGUGGCCAAGGUGGAAGAUCAGAAAAAGAAAAAGAAGAGCAGGUGGGAGAUUCAGAAGAAGAAAAGCGAACUAAGCGAGAAGGAGAUUCUGAGAGUGAGGAAAAUGAUCACAAGGGAGUAGGAGAUGAUGAAAAAGAAAGUGAGGGUAAGGACUCUGAAUCUGAGAGUGAUGAAUCUGAAGGCUCUAUAACUAUUGAAAAUACAGUCAUGGCUCCUUUGGAAGAAGUCAAUGAAGAGGAAUGUUCGGAGGAACCAAGGCCUUCCUUAACUUCUUUCCUGGGAGAUGAGGAAGUUGAAAGUGAUGAGGAUGAGCUGCCAUUAUUUGAGGUGGGAAAGAAGAAGAAAGCCCCAGCAAAACCUAAAAAAACAAAUUCACAUGGAAAGGAGGAGGUGGCUCCUCCUACUAGAACCCAUCUUACCAGGAGUAAGAGAAAGGCUGCUAAUGAGCAAAUGAUCAAGGAAGCUAGGAGUACCAAAAUAACAAUGAAAUCAGUUGCAGUUGUUGAAGCUGUUAUGGAUUUGGAUGAGGAUGAUGAACUUGGUUCUUCCCAUAAGGGCAAAAAAUCAUUAGUGAAAAGGAUUGUUGUCAAACCUAUCAAGGCAACUGCCCCUACUUCUUAG